UUGUGAUGGCUGCUAAAAUGCGAUUUCUUGCAAAUGGCGUGAAUGAGUUAAAGGAUUAUGUUGAGACGAGAGGUUUAGAGAAGCGGAACAUGAAAUGGAAGAGGAUCGACUCCCAUGAUGUGGUCUUUCCUCGUUUGACAGAGGAGGAAAUACGCCAGUUGACCUUUGGUGUUUACCAAAUCAGAUUGGCAAAGUCAUACACACACGAGCAUUUGAUGGAAGGAAAGUAUGAAAUUUUCAUCAGUAAUGAUUGUGCUGGUAUCCUCUGUGCAAAGAUUCAAAGUAGACACAUUUCAGCUAAGAAAUACUUACUUUGGAUUAGAUAUGAUGACGUCAGUAUCAAAUCCUGGUUUUGCAAAUGUAAAGUUGGCGCAAGAGUUGUGGGCAUGUGUGCUCACGUUACCAGUGUGAUUUGGUUCUUGGCUCUUGCUCGUCAUGAGGGGAGUGGUGUCUGUGGUGUGCGUGAUUGGUGUAGUUUGGUUGAGGAUGCUGCUGCACUCCCAAUUGAUGAAUCAGAGAGUGAGGAUGAAGAAAGAUGUUUCAUAACAGAAGAGGAGUGAAAGUGAAUCUCAGACUCAUCAUUCAACAUUGCAUAAUAAAUCAAAACUUUUAAGAAUUAUUGUUAGUAUCAUACUCUCCAUAUGCAAUUUCUAGUAUUACGAUAUGAAGGAUCAGCCUCUCUGUUCUGUUUAUGAUUUUUUAUCUAAAAAUGUAUUAUUCUGUUAUUGAAAAGUUUUAUUUAACCAGUGUUUAAUUUGAAUAAUGUACAGUAACACAGUAACUCCAGAUGAUAAUUACAUGUACAUAUACCUGUUUUAUAGGUGAAUUUUCGUUAAAUUUAGUUAUACAAGAUAUUUUGUUUAGGCUUAUGAAUAUCAACACCUGUGAAGAUGAAUAUUCAGUUGUAAUGUUCACCAUGGAUUGGGUAGUGUUAUCACACUACAUGUGUCUGGUAAAAAUUCAGUGAUUAUAAAAUACUGGAAUAUGUGUGAUACUCUUGAGUACACUCCUCUGAAUGCAAGUAUAUUGAUAAUGAAUUAUUGAUUUAUUUCUACAAUUUUUCAAAUUGCAAUUUAAGAUAAUAAGCUAAUCAUUUUAUGAUAGAGUUACAAUAUUAAAUGAAUUACUGUAUGCAUAUUGAC